AUGGGAUCGGGUAUCGUUGACAAACGCAAUCAAACUUUUGAAGACUACAAUGCUAGCUCGUGGAAGGAAGGUGCAGCACGAGGCCAUAGUGUGGACAACACAUGUGGUCGUUGUCUCACUGGAGUUGGUGUCAAACUGUACCCACAACAGUUGCAUGGGCGGCGCCGUGACACAGAUGUAGCUAGUUUGAAUGAUUUGAAAUCACCCGUGGGCGGUAAGUGA